CUGCUGAUUCUUCAAACGAAGCUCGCUGAAAUUUCUUUGCUCCAUUUUCCGUUUUCGCCUUCACACCAGUUAGGGUUCCACAAGUUUGAUUUCGGAUCGGAACCUUUUUUUUGUGGCUGAUCGACAACCAAGAAGAGACCAAUCAUGUCUAGGCAAGUCACAAGGCUUCUCGGAUCUCUCUCAUCAAAAGCUCGCCGUUGCUCAAUCGGCGGCUCGGAGGUUUUUCCCUCAUGCCAGUCUCUCAGCUCAUUGACCCAAUCUCGCUCCUUCGCGUCCGAUCCUCCGCCUCCUGCAGCGGUUUUCGUUGACAAAAACACCCGAGUCAUGUGUCAAGGUAUCACCGGAAAGAACGGGACUUUCCACACCGAACAAGCCAUUGAGUACGGCACCAAAAUGGUGGCAGGAGUGACGCCUAAGAAGGGUGGAACAGAACACUUAGGUCUACCUGUUUUCAACUCUGUUGCUGAAGCCAAGGCUGAGACGAAAGCCAAUGCCUCUGUGAUUUAUGUUCCUGCGCCUUUCGCUGCUGCUGCUAUCAUGGAGGGUAUACAAGCUGAGUUAGAUCUUAUUGUGUGCAUUACCGAAGGAAUCCCUCAACAUGAUAUGGUACGUGUAAAGCAUGCUCUUAACAGUCAAUCAAAAACUAGGCUGAUUGGUCCAAACUGCCCUGGGAUUAUCAAGCCUGGUGAAUGCAAGAUUGGAAUUAUGCCGGGAUACAUCCACAAGCCAGGGAAGAUUGGGAUUGUCUCGCGAUCUGGAACCUUGACAUAUGAAGCUGUUUUUCAAACAACUGCAGUUGGUUUAGGCCAAUCAACUUGUGUAGGAAUUGGUGGGGAUCCUUUUAACGGGACAAACUUUGUCGACUGCUUGGAGAAAUUCUUUGUUGAUCCUCAAACGGAAGGUAUCGUUCUCAUUGGAGAAAUCGGAGGCACUGCAGAAGAAGAUGCUGCAGCUUUGAUAAAGGAAAGUGGUACUGAGAAGCCUGUUGUUGCUUUUAUUGCUGGACUUACUGCACCACCGGGUCGUCGAAUGGGUCAUGCUGGAGCCAUUGUUUCCGGUGGUAAAGGUACAGCUCAGGACAAAAUUAAGAGUUUAAAUGAUGCCGGAGUUAAGGUUGUUGAAUCUCCCGCUAAGAUCGGAGCGGCGAUGUAUGAUCUCUUUCAAGAAAGAGGUCUUUUGAAGCAGUGAAGUGAAUUUCACUAGCUCACGUUUUUUUCCAUCUUGAAAUCUUCGAGAAGAAGACUUAAAAAAAAAAACCCUGAUUCCUCGCCAUUAAUGGUUGCACACUCUUUUGGGGUUGUUUUUCCAAAUCGAUAUUUUUUUUUCCAAUUAAAGAGUGUCAAAAGAUUUGACAAUGAGAAGAGAUAUAUACAAUUUUUGUUUAAAUGCUGGACUGAAUAAAUCGAAUAAGUUGUUG